UGAGGCUGACGAUGCAUCACAUGGCCGCCGGCGGCGGCGGCUGGAUCUCCCUGCCGGCAGAGCUCCUCAAGGAAGUCUCCGACCGUCUGCGGGCCGACACGGACCAAAUCCACAUCCGCCAGGUAUGCGCCCACUGGCGCGCGUCCACCGCCCCGCUCGCGGCCCUCCGCCCGUGGGUCGUCGCCGCCCACGACCGCCACCGAGAUCCUUUUAGCGCGGUCAACCCCGUCGGCGAACACUCCUUGUGGCUGCCCCGCGGCGGCAGCGACCCAAGGAUGGACCCCCGGGCACCGGCCCCGGCCGGCCUCCCCUACUGCUGCGGCACGCCCUGUGGCUGGCUCGCUCUCACGGACCACCUGCGAUCCCCCACCAGGCUCAUCCUCUGGGAGCCCCUCUCCAAAGCCGAGAUCCCUCUGCCCACUCUCGCAACCGUCGCCCAAGUGUUCCUCUCCGGAGACCCGCUCGCCUCGCCGGGCUGCCGCUGGAUGGCGAUCGCGAGCCAAAAGAUCCCCGGCGCACAGAUCGGGCAGAGGCUCUUCUUCUGGCGCCCCGGAGACGCGGGCUGGGUGAUGCAGCUCGAGUACCCUAACGGCAGGAUCGAAGGCGCGGCCUUCCACAACGGCAGAUUCUACGUCUCCAGCAUCAACAUGUCCCUCGACAUUUUCGACCUCCAACACCAUCCUCCCAAUCGUCUGCGCCGCAUCUGCCUCUACGCUCCUUUGCAAGCGCGGUAUCCACGCUACCCUGGGAAUCCGAUACCGCAUGCUGUGGCCUGCAACAACCAGAUGCUGCUCGUCAUCGUGUAUCGCGGACCACGCCAGGCCGUGAUACUUGCGGAAGUGCACCGCCCGGAUUGGGAUGCCGACCGCCUCGACCUCCGGGAGCACAAGGUGUCGGAUCUCGGCGACUACUCGCUCUUCCUGGGCCGGGGUGACACGCUCGCGCUCUCUGCAAACGAGUUCCCGGCCAUCAGAAGAAAUUGUGUCUACUUUGUGGAGCAUGAUACAUACAAGCAUGAGCAGUGGGUGGUUGUGUUUGAUUUGGGGUCAAACGAUUUGGAACGGAUUCCCCACCCACAAGAGCACCUGGAGGGCGGCGGCAAAAGCACUGGCUGGCUGGCGUAUUCCUGGUUCUGUCCCAGAAGGCCCUUCCUUGGGAAGCAGGCCCUAUGAGGUAUUGGCAUCAUUUUGGUCAUUUGGAAUGCCAAAUAAAUC